AUGAGCGGAUAUGUUGGAGAUUUAUCAGCUUCUCAAGAGAAAGCACUUCAAGAGGUAAAAGAUCUUGUCAACAAAAAUAUGACCGAUGCAACCAAAGAAGAGGCUGAAAAAUUAGAUGAUUCUAUGAUCCUUAGAUUUUGUAGAGCAAGAAAAUGGGUAGUAAAAGACGCAUAUGAAAUGUUAAAUAAUGCUUUGGUAUUCCGAGGCUCAUUCCAAAAUGUUGGUGUCGAGAAUAUUAAAGAGGAUAGCAUUGAAAAUGAAUUAAAGAGUGGAAAGAGUUUCUUCCAUGGAACCGAUAAAGAGGGAAGACCCGUUUGUAUAGUUAGAACCCGUAAACACGAUGGUACCAAUAGAGAUAUAGAUGAAGCUCAACGUUACUGUGUUUAUGUCAUGGAAAGCGGAAAACAAAUGUUAAAACCCGGAAUCGAAACUUGUACUCUUAUUUUUGAUAUGUCAAGUUUUAGUACUAAAAAUAUGGAUUAUCCACUUGUAAAAUUCAUGGUAGAUAUGUUCCAAAAAUAUUAUCCAGAGUCUUUGGCCAAGUGUUUAAUUUUAAAUGCUCCAUGGAUAUUUAUGGGCUUUUGGCACAUUAUCAAGCAUUGGUUGGACCCAUACACUGUAUCAAAGGUUAAUUUUGUAAAGACCAAGCAAUUGGCCGAUUUCAUCCCAACCGAAAAUUUAUUACAGUCCUACGGAGGUUCUAGCCAGUUCAAGUACACUUACAAGGGUGUUGCCGUUGACGAUUAA